AUGUCAUUCCUCAAUACGCUCCUUAAACCAAAGGUCUUGGUUCCACUCACUGGCAAUGUUUUUGCAGUUGGAUCAGCCACUUACUACCUCCAAUCAAAGCUCAACUACAACCUCGAAGAACAAGAAGCCCGCCUUGAUGAGAUUGAAGGGACAUUACGAGGCCACAUUGGCUUGAUCGAAGAUGCGCUUGACAGGAUCGAGAAGAAGCCAAACCAGAACCACCAGAAGUUGUACAGCGAAAGAGCACGGGACGAGAAGAAGGGGACGGACAACAAGAAGUGA